CCUCACAACCAGAAGCAUCAUCUAUGACACAUCGAAUGGGUGCCUUCAUUGACCAUACAACCACAGCACCUCCGAUCCACUACCGAUACGUAAAUCAAACAAACGCAGGAGAAGCUCUAGAUUCAGAGAACACACGCAUCCACGGUAAUCGCUUGGAGAUGGCCGGAGGGAACAGUGAGCUCAAGCUGAUCGGGCAGUGGGCGAGCCCCUUCGUCACCAGAGUGAAACUUGCGCUCAACCUCAAGGGCCUCAGCUACGAGUACGUCGAGGAGGACCUUAGGAACAAGAGCGCGCUGCUGCUCAGCGCCAACCCGGUCCACAAAUCGGUGCCCGUGCUGAUCCAUAACGGGAAGGCCAUCUGCGAAUCGCCGGUCAUCGUGCAGUACAUCGACGAGGCUUUCGCCUUCGCCGGCCCGCCGCUUCUCCCCGCCAACCCUUACGACCGCGCCGUCGCUCGCUUCUGGGUCGCCUACAUCGAUGAAAAGCUCGGACCUCCAUGGGAUCGGGUCUUCAGGGCCAGGACGGACGAGGAGAGAGCCGAGGCGAUGAGGCAGACGUUCGCGGCUGCGGGCGCUCUCGAGGGAGGCCUGAGGGAGUGUUCUAAGGGGAAGGACUUCUUCGGCGGCGAUAGCGUUGGGUACGUCGACGUCGUUGUGGGGAGUUUGAUCCCCUGGGCGAAGGCGACAAGCGUGCUCGCCGGUGCUGAGCUCGUGGACGCCGCCAAGAUGCCACUCCUGGCCGCAUGGAUGGACCGGUUCGGCGAGCUCGACGCGGCCAAGGCGGUCAUGCAGGACGUCGACAGCUUGGUGGAGCACGGGAGGAUGCUGAUGGCGAAAAAUGCUGCCCCGGCUUCAAACGACUUUGCAGGACAGGAAAUGGCCGGAGGCGAGCUGAAGCUACUUGGCGCAUGGUCGAGUGUCUGGGCUUGCAGGGUCAGGAUUGCGCUCCAUCUCAAGGACCUGAGCUACGACUACGUCGAGGAGGACCUCGAGAACAAGAGCGACCUCCUCCUCGCGUCCAACCCCGUGCACAAGAAGGUGCCCGUGCUCAUCCAUGAUAGCAAACCCAUCAGUGAGUCGCUUGUCAUCGUGCAGUACAUCGACGAGGCCUUUGCGGGCAAUGGUUCCCCCCUCCUCCCCGCCGACCCUCACGAACGCGCAACCGCUCGGUUCUGGGCCGCUUACAUCGACGACAAGCUAGUGGCGGCGUGGUUACAGGCGUUCAGGGGCAAGACGGACGAGGAGAAGUUGGAGGGGACCAGGCAGUUGCUCGUGGUGGUGGAGACGCUGGAAGGCGCCCUGAGAGAGUGCUCCAAGGGCAAGCCUUUCUUCAGCGGCGACAGCGUCGGGUUCCUGGACGUCAUGCUGGGCGGGCUCCUCUCGUGGCUGCACGGGACCGAGGCGCUGUGCGGGGUGGAGUUCUUUGACGCCACCAAGACCCCGCUCCUGUUGGCGUGGGCGGAGCGCUUCGGCGCUCUGGACGCUGCCAAGGCCACUCUGCCGGACGUCGGCGAGGUGGUCGAGUUCGCCAAGACGUGGCGCGCGAAGAAGGCUGCGGCCGAGGCUGAGGCCGCCGCCGCGAAGAACUAAUAAGCCGGCCGAGACGACGUCGCGAGUGCAGUCUUGCAAUGUCGGAGCAAAUAAUGUUUGGAUGAUGAAUAAUGGAAGCAGAAUCAAGGUUUCACGGCAGUGUCGUCCUUGGUUGUUGUUCAUGUUUCCCUGAUUCA